CGGGAAUCAGCCGCCGGUGCAGCCAGAAAUAGCAAUCAAGAUGAGCGACGACUCACCCCAAGCACCGCCGCGGCGCAGCACGAGUGAUACCGAGGGCAGCCCUCCACCCUCCCCAGUGGCCAUGCCAGAGAGUAGCACCAGCCAGCCGGAAAUGGCGACCGUCGACCUCGAGGCGGCGCCAACCACGACCGCCGCGCCGCCGACGCAGCCGUUGCCGCCGCCGCCGCGGCAGCCGUCGCCUCGGAGAACGGAUCGUCAAUCUAUGGCCAUCGACGCGCCGCCUCCAGAAAACGGAACUAGCCCGAGCCUGGCCUCUCCGCAAGCAGCCCCCGAGAUGACCGUGGAUCAGGACGAGGGCGACGUCUACGGCGGCUUCCGAAGGCGUUUUAAACUGAAAAAGUCGCGGUCCGCGGAGCCCUGGUCGACGACACGGAAGCCGCGCUUACCUGCAAUAAAACGUAGAAUCGCCUCGGCGUGGGCGCACAAUUAUUUUUGGUUGUUUCUCGUCGUACUCGCCGUAAUCACAUCCAUUUCAGCUUUCGUCAUGGACGAAACGGCCGCGAACCUGAGGAAAGGACUGGUCAAUGGUGUGUUAAGAACAGGAGGGUCCCAGAAGGACUACGGUGUUAUUCUAUACAUUUUCCUGCGAGUAUGUAUCACGUUAAUCGCCGUCGAGCUCACGAAAAGAAUCGCCCCAAUUGCCGCGGGAAGUGGCAUUCCGGAAGUCAAGUCGAUCCUCGCAGGGUUCUCGAUACCGGGCUUCUUGGAACCGAGGACGUUAGUGGCCAAAGUGCUUGGCGUUGUGCUUUUAUUGGGCGCGGGCCUACCCAUCGGCAAGGAGGGGCCUUUCAUCCAUACCGCAGCUAUUUUAGCCGAAUUACUGAUGCGCGUGCCCUUCUUCGCGAGGCACACCAACGAAUUGUUCAGGAACCAGAUGCUGUCCGCGGCGGCCGCUGUUGGUGUCUCUGCUGCGUUUGGCGCGCCCAUCGGCGGCAUUUUGUUUUCUAUCGAGGCGACGGCGAACUAUUACGCUACUUCUCAUUACUGGGGCGCGUUCCUAUGCGCGACGGUCGGGGCGUUCACGUCGCGGGAGUUGGCGUUCAAGUCCUACGGGGCGUUCUCGCCGCACUUUGAUACGGUGUCCUAUAAGCACUGGGAGGUCUGGAUCUUCCUACUGUUAUCAGCGGUGUGUGGCAUCCUGGGAGGCUUCUUCGUGACAUUAUUUACAGCUUUCGUGGGGCUGCGGCGGCGGUGUGCCGCUCUGAAGAUGAAGGGUUUAUCCGCGAUCCCGAAAAUAGUUCUAGGCACGAACCUCGGCUUCUCGGCGCUGGUGGCUCUGACCAGUGGCCUCUUCGCGUGCUGGAUCGGCGACUUCGCGCUGCUGGGGACGCGCGAGGUCAUGGACGACCUCUUCUCGGAAUUUCCGCUGCGCGAGGACGCGAACCCGAAACUGCACCAGCGGUCGAGGUGGGACGAGCGCGACGGUGGUGUUGGGGCUUCUCUAUGUCUGUUCAUUGUCUUCACGUUCUUCUUCUCGACGCUGUGUAUUGGCCUUCCCGUGUCGAACGGCCUCGUGACGCCGUCGUUCGCGAUCGGCGCCGGGAUCGGAAGAUUGGUGGGCGAAGCCUUGAGGACAUUAACGACGUCCGUCACGGGAGAAUGUCCGUUGUCCCCCGCCGGCGGCUACGCCAUCGUCGGCGCCGCCGCGUUCAGCGUUUCUGUCACGGGCAAGCUGUCCAUCGGCGUCGUCAUCUCGGAGCUCACGGGCCAGUUGUCCUACUCGAUACCCGUGCUGUUCGCGUGCGUCGUCGGGUUGGGCGCCGGUCAGUUAGUAGAAAUUGACAUCUACGCCAUGAUCGCCCGACUCAAAGCCCUGCCCCACUGGCCGGCGAUCCAUGCCGCGGCAAACUUCUCGAAGACAGUAAGCGAUGUGGUCGAGUGCACAAAGGCCUACGAGGAGCCUUGUUUGGCUCUCGUGGACGACCACCCGCCGGCAAACGUCCAGGACACGCUGAACAGCGCGACGCACGUCGUGAUUCCCGUGGUCCGGAACGGGGUCUUCGUCGGCGUCAUGCGCGUCGCCGAUCUAGCGAGUGCGAUGGAAGGUGACUUUACCGCUGCUAUUGAUGAUGCCUGGCCGCGGUGCGCGCCGUCGGCGACGCUGUCGCAUUUGUGCUUCCUGUUCGACUUGCACCACAAGGACCGGGUCUUUGUUGUCUCUGGUGGUGGGCGGCUCGUGGGUCACGUGGACGCGUCGGAGGUUGGACAGGCUCUGGCCGCGAAGAUGCCAGCACAAGAGACGUGCCCAACCGAUGCGCGCGACGGCGGCGGCGUACUGGCGGGGGCGGCGCGCGCAGCUCUCGGUGCAAGGUUCGGGGGCCGUUUAGUAAUCUUCAAGUUUAGUUAUUGA